AUGGUGAGCAGUAAUUACCAUAUCGAACUCAAUCCCAGCGACGUUGGCACCCGCGACUGCUUCGUCAUACAAGCGGUGCUCAAAGAGAUGGCACAAUCACAGCAAAUAGACUCAAAUUCACAACGCAGCUACAAGGUUGUUGUACUGCACGAGACCGAUCGUCUUACCAAGCAAGCCCAACAGGCCCUUCGUCGCACUAUGGAGAAGUACGCGGCCACCUGCCGAUUGAUCCUGUGUUGUUCGUCUUCGUCCCAAGUUAUGUCUCCAAUCCGGAGUCGUUGUUUACACGUGCGUGUGGGUGCUCCCACAGUAGAAGAGAUUGCGAACGUGCUUUUAGGUAUCUGUAAGAAGGAAAAUCUGCGUAUGCCCGAGGCGUUGGCUGUGAAGAUCGCCGAGAGUUCCGAGCGGAACUUGCGGCGGGCUAUCUUGACGGCCGAAACAUGUCGCGUACAAGAAUACCCCUUUCGCGAAGAUCAGAAGGUGACACUACCUGAUUGGCAGCUAUACAUUCGGAGCUUGGCCCAGAAAAUACUCACGCAACAAAGCCCUCAACGACUACUGGAAGUCCGCACAGGGUUCUAUGAACUGAUUACACAUUGCAUACCAACCACAGUCAUCAUUAAG